AUGGAAAGGAAUCUUAAGAAUGUUUUGGUCAUUUCUUUUGGAUUUUUACUUCUCUUCACAGCUUAUGGAGGACUCCAGAAUCUACAGAGCAGUCUCCACUCAGAAGAAGGCCUAGGCGUUGCUUCCCUAAGCGUUCUCUAUGCUGCGCUCAUCUUAUCAUCCAUGUUCCUCCCUCCGAUCCUCAUCAAGAAGCUGGGCUGCAAGUGGACCAUCACGGGUUCUAUGUGCUGCUACAUUGCGUUCUCCUUAGGGAACUUCUACGCUAGCUGGUACACACUAAUCCCUACCUCUGUGAUCCUGGGCUUAGGAGGAGCACCACUAUGGUCUGCCAAAUGCACUUACCUCACCAUUGCUGGCAAUUCAUAUGCUGAGAAAGCAGAAAAAAAUGGGAAAGACAUUAUCAACCAAUACUUUGGGGUCUUCUUUCUGAUAUUUCAGUCCUCCGGCAUCUGGGGAAAUCUUAUCUCAUCCUUGAUAUUUAGCCAAGCUUCCACCAAAGUGGAAAUCUCAGAAGAAAACCUGGCAUGCUGUGGCGCAUAUGACUGCAUGACUGAUACCAGUAACACCACUGGGCCAGCAGAACCCUCCAACUCCUUAAUCUACACUCUGCUAGGGAUCUACACUGCUAGUGGUGUGCUAGCUGCGUUGCUGAUUGCUAUAUUUCUGGACGAGAUCAAAUCUGACCAAGCAGAGACUGAGAAAGAAAUACUAGAGACACCAUCCUUUUGGUCUACGUUCCUAGCAACUUUCCAGCAUCUUAAAGAUAAAAGACAGUGUCUUCUAAUCCCUCUGACAAUGUACAGUGGGUUUGAACAGGGAUUUCUUUCUGGUGACUACACAAAGACAUACGUGACCUGUGCCCUGGGGAUACAUUACGUUGGUUAUGUGAUGAUCUGCUUUUCGGCUGUAAAUUCCCUCUGCUCUCUGCUCUUUGGAAAGAUCUCUCAGUUCACGGGUAGAAAACUUCUAUUUGCAUUAGCCACGGUUACAAAUACCACCUGCAUAAUAGCACUACUGCUGUGGAAACCUCAUCCUAAGCAGCUUGCUGUGUUUUUCAUAUUCCCUGCUCUUUGGGGCCUAUCUGAUGCCAUUUGGCAGACACAAACUAAUGGACUCUAUGGCAUUUUAUUUGAGAAACACAAGGAGGCUGCCUUUGCAAAUUACCGUCUCUGGGAAUCAUUUGGAUUUGUCAUCGCCUUUGGUUAUAGCACCAAAUUGCAAGUCUACAUCAAACUGUACAUUUUAUUGUCUGUGCUUGUGUUGUCUAUGGUGACAUAUGGAGCCGUUGAAUACCUUGAAGCUAAGAGCUCCCCUGGGACACCUACUGCUACAAAGAAGGAAAAUGUAGAACCCCCCACCCAGGAAUCAAGCAUGUAA